AUAUUCUUAUUUAGGGAUCAUUUUCAGACAGACUUUGGUGAUGUAGCAGGUUUGAAUAGGAAAAGACUUUUGUGAAUUCUUCACGCCAAAUUUACGUGUUUCAAUGAUUAUUCGGUCUUAUAUGUUACAUUAGCGUGGCAGCUAGUCAAUGUGUGCUACCGUUAAGAAGCAAAAGUAGUAUAAACUCGUGAUCAACACAAUGCCAAACAAGCACAAUAAACGGAAAUCGAAGGGAUAUGAGCAGUUUCCUGACGAGGGAGUAGAAACUAGAGAUGCAUCACAGAACACAACAUAUCAACUCAUUAGAGCACUGGAUCUGAAAGAGAUCACAGACAUUGGGGAAGGCUUCUUUGCAAAUGUGGCUUUGGGAAAAUGGAUAGGACCAAACAAGAGAGAGCAAUUUGUGGCCAUAAAGUCCAUCAAGGGUAACUUCCUUGAGGACCACCUGGAAGAUGUGUUGCGAGAAGCUGACACCAUGAUGAGCCUCGAUCAUAGGAACAUCAUCAGACUGUAUGGGAUUGCUUUAAUUACUAGCAAGACCCCCAUGGGAAUCAAACUGGUGACAGAGUAUGCCGUGUUUGGGUCCUUAAGUGAGAUCCUCAAGAACCCAAACAAGCCUGAGUUCCUUCAAGUAACCAGACUGAGAAAAUUUUCUCUGCAAAUCGCUGAUGGGAUGGAGUACCUGGCCAACAGACAUCUUGUACACCGUGACCUGGCUGCCAGGAAUGUGUUGGUGGUGGAGCCAGAGUUGGUUCGAAUAAGUGACUUCGGCUUAGCAAAGGCUCUAGACCAAGGCCAAGAGAUAACAGCUGGUCGGGAGAUGGCCAUAGCAUGGUGCGCUCCUGAGGUUCUCAAAGGGAGGGAGGUCCACCCUAAAUGUGACGUAUGGAGUUACGGAGUGUUGCUAUGGGAAAUGUACUCCUUUGGGAAGAGACCAUGGGAUGGGAUACCAAUUAUGCAGGUCAUGAAAAUAGUCACUCAGCAGCCGGAGAAGAAACUUGAACAGCCAAAAGCAUGCCCCUCCGAGCUCUACGAAUUGAUGCUUCAUUGUUGGGUGCACGAACCACAGGAUAGGCCGGGCUUUGCCGAAAUACGCUCUUCUAUUAGCAAGUUUGAGUAUCUAACUUGUGUUGCCAAAGAAGACCUGUGGAAUAGUGUCCAAGGGCGCUUGUCUUUCGCUAAAGACAGCAGGGUUACCGUUAUUUCGAGGUCCGACGUAAUACCGUGGGUAGGGCAGAACGAAGACGGUGAUGUAGGAACCUUCGACCCAAAAUGGGUGUCAUUUGAAACACCUCCCCAUCCUCAACAAAAGAAUGCGAAGGAAAAGAAAGCAAGGCAGAAGCUACGAAUUAGCCAACCAUUCAACCCUACGUGUAGGUCCACGACGAGGCUCCUGGAUGAUAUGAACAUCCCUCAGAAUGACGAGAUGCGAAAGCUGGCUGCUCAAUCUCCAAAGAAAUUAAAUGCUCCGGCGCCACUUCCACAGGGAGUCUUUGCUACGCUGCCCUCACCGAAGAGCGCCUCCCCACCUCGACAUACCCUACCGCGGCCGGAGCCCAUUGGGGGACCGGUACGAGGGAGUGAGCCAAAAGGAGUGGCAAGAGCGGAUUCUGUGAAUGGUUACAUGCCCAUGCACGGGGACACGUUUGAGCCUGGUAUUGGGGAUACGCAAGCGCCUGGGGACCAGGAUCAACACAGCGUUGACUCAAGCACCCCUAACAAAUCUACAGAUGCACCCCCGGUACCCGCGAGGACUGACCAAACGCCACGCCCUGAACGGCCCGUACCUGCCGGAGCUUCCCCUCAGUCUCGGCGUCGCCGACCUGUCCCGACCCCGAGACGGACAGUCCAUAAGACUACGAGCUCGCCCUUAUUGGACCCAAACCAACCAUUGCGCAACCGAACGCUUCCCCAGCCUCUGUCGAUGUCACUUCGGUAUCAAAUCGACGAGUCGUCGUACAGUGACCCGGAAUCCGACCACCCUUCGCUUGUACCCUUGAUAGGCUUAGCUCAAAGCGUACCGGUAAUGGAAAAGAAGUAUUUUGAGACUGAAUACAAAGGGCUGCGUGAUGAUGAUAUGGAUGAUGAAGAAGAUGAUGCUGAUUACACGGAUAGGGGGAAGUCAUUUGAAAAUCAAGGCUAUGCUGCUGUGUUGUACAUGGAUCACUGUGCUGAAGACGAUAAAAACCAGUAUUAUAUAAGAACUCAGGCUUCCGAGACAUGUGAGGAGAAUCAGAAAUCAAUUAAUGUUGCGAUUUCUCCCAGUGAGGCGGCCGAUAUCAACCAGGAAAAUGCCACUUUAUCAGCAGUAGUGAGACCAUAUUAUGGCAACAUACAAACACAAAACCCUGACUCGGGUAUACUUGCGUACGAGAAUCUUCACUUUCUAGAUAUUAAAAAGUAUACAAGUGGAGCAAGAGCAAACUCUGAACUGCCUAUCCCGAGACCGGCCAAUGUGGAGAAGGGCAGGGCAAUGGCCUGUCAGACGGACGAAGAGAGGGGGCAGGAGUUUGAUGAUGAGUACACGGUCAUGGCAGGAGGAAUUUAUGGCGGGCCAGAGACAGAAGAGGAAGACCAGCCUCCUUCUCUACCCGAGAAGAUGUCGAUAAGAACAAAGUCGACAUCAAGUGAGGGCGAUUCAAAGAAAUUGCAGGACAAUUUGAAGAAUGAUCCAUACUCUGAUCUUCAAUCGGGUAUUGCUGUGCCAAUUGAUGGUACAAUCGACAGCCGUGAGGGUAUCCCGACGUUGGCAGCCAGUCUCCCGAUUUACGAAACUAUUGAGGACGUUGAGCCUGUUUACCUUAAAAGAAUGAACAAUGGAACCAGUAGCUUUUUCGAUGACCCAUCAGGUCCACUCAUCACCCUUGAUCAGGAAGAUACUUUACAAAAUGACAGAUGUCACCUUGAACAAGAUGUGUUUUUAGAGACAAGCCCGCCUUUACCAAGAAAAGACAUCCUAUCAAGAGAGACACCUUAUGACUCCACCUCCCUGCCACGCCCUUUAUUGCCUGAACACCUUGAACCAAACACCCUGACAUUUGCUGACAAUCUCGAUCAGACUGACGAACGGGAUGCAGACUAUGAACAGCUGUCCAGGAAUAGAACCGAAAAUCUUUAUGCAAAACCAUGUCCUGGCGUGGACCCCAGCAAAAUUGAACCAAAAUGUUGGCAGUUUGCAAGUGAAUCCAACCCCAUAGAGCAUGAAAACUAUGCGGAGGACGUAUACCAAGUUCCAAGAGACCAGAAAGACAAUAGACUAGUAUUGUUACCUUCAGGUGUCCCUGGACACGAAGUGGGGGAUCCUGGAAUUAAUCAUCACGGUGCAAGACUACCUGGUGCUGGAUCACCUGAUAAAGAAUUAAUAGUGGAAAUUGAACAACCCGUAUACGACCGACCCUUCCCCACCCUCCCUCCCCCGCCAGUUGUAAGCCAAGCCAUCUUGAAUCAACCACCUCCAGCUAACGUACAGACUCCCACUAUCCCAAUUAUACCUGGUCAGCCUAUACCCUUCACUUCACAUGUCAAUCAUUCUAACACGAUGCUACUAGAGAACCAGGGAAUUGUGCCUAGUCAACACGCCACAGUCGGGUCAUGUUCCUCGAGACCAGCACAACCCGUGGAUGUUUGGGCCAUGAUAGAAGGUUCUUAUGGCAACGCCAUGCGCAUGAUUCAUCGUGAGUUCCCGGAUAUGUCUAUGGAUGAGUGUAAGAAGGCGUUGCUAAGAUACGAGAGUGAUGUUGAUGCUUUGAUUAAAGUAUUGCAAGUGUGCAGUCUGACUGGAGUUAACGAGGAGGAAGUCAAGUUCCACCUCGGCCAUUGUGGUUGGGACAUACAGAGAACAGUUAACUAUAUCUUUGAUAAAAUGUCUUAAAAUUAUUGGACUGAGUUUCGUUUACUGUCGAAUCCGUUGUAUCGCGACGUCUGCGUUUUCAAAACACGAUUUGUUUUGGUUUUCUGUUCCGUCAGUAAAAUAAUUCUGAGCCAAUCAGUCUCGCUUUGUGCACUUCCCUGGCUAUCCUCUGGACGAAAACCAGACAGUGUCGCGACAGAAAGCCAAGCAACUGCACUAGGCGAGAAAUGGAAAGAAUCUGAUAGGCUAAGAAUAAUUUGACUGGCGGAACAGAAAAUCCCAAAAGACAAAAACAAAUAGAUGUUUUGAAAAUGCGGCGUCGCGAUACAACGGAUUCGACAGUAAAAGCAUAAAAGUUCAGAAAAUAGUUGGAUAGGUUUCAAUGUUAGAUUUUACUUGGUGACAUACCAUAAGAAGUGGUUUAUACAUAUAGUGUAAUUAUAAGUAAUUAAUUAUGGAUAGGAUGGUAAGAGAAAAUUCAGAAUAUAAAUAAUUAGUUGUCAAUAGUCUCAUGGCAGGAAAAAAAAACUAAAAAACAAACAGAAUUA